ACGACAUUAACAAUGUAAAAUCAUUUACUUAGAAAACAUUUAAAACAAAAAUGGCGUUUGCUUCAAAGAUCAUCACAUGCCUCCUCGUCCUUAAGGUCUACAUGGCAGCUCCAGCAGAGUCACACAUAACGUGUGGGAUAGUGACAUCCACAUUGGCUCAAUGCAUGGGCUACUUGACCAACUUUUUUCCAGUGCCAUCAGACUACUGCUGCGCGGAAGUCAAAGGACUGAAUCAAAUGGCUCAGACCACUCCGGACCGCCGACAAGUAUGUAAGUGCCUUAAAGCAGUGGCUAAGGAAAACAAAGGAUUCAUUAGCAUCGAGCUUGUGGGCACACUCCCUACUAUUUGUGGUGUUUCAGUUCCCUACCCAUUUAAUUUCAGCACCAAUUGUGACACUAUUUCGACUGCCGUGUGAAGGAGGGUAGCUAGAUAUGUACGACUAAUCAAAGUUGCCAGCUUUCUAACCUAGCAUCAUAGUUAUUCUGCUUUCCAUUUUCUAAACUCAUUGUCUUAUUAUUAUGUAAUCCACUUCAUAUGGUAAUAACGACAAAGGACUCCCUCUCUCUUUACUGUCA